AUGGCACCAAAAAAAACGGGAAGAUCGAAGCAAAAGCUGCCAGCUACAAGGCGUACACCAAAUCCAAUUUUGAAGAACGCGUCGAAUAGAGCGAAGAAUAUUGUGUACCCGGCCGACGCGGAGGGUCAUCCCGCUGAACUGCGAUCUCAGGCAAAACGUCAAGCUUCCCAGCUCUCCCUCCAGUCCACCACAAAUCCGCCACCCCUGAGUAACACCUUCUUGCCCAGUGAAGCGCGAAAAGCGGGGAGAAGAGAACGGAAGGAGAAGGCGACGAACAUGCGGGAACCAGAGUCGGGUGCGACUCAAGUGGCAGCAUCAGGAAGUGGGUUGAGAGUUGCGGACGGAGACCUGGAACAGGAUCCUUCGCAGUCCAUCCGUGGAGAAUCAGCCCCGACUAGUAAAACUAAAUCCUUGAUUGUGAAGAUCAAGUUACGACAACCAUUCAACCCCAAUUCAAGUAAGCCUUCAAUCCUCACACAAAGAUCAAGUUCCUUACGAUCUCCCAACGCAGAACCAGACGCGUCCCACACCUUAAAGUCCCAGCAGUUGAAUUCUAAGCAAGGAGGUUCGCGCAGCUUUAGAUCUAGUAUGUCUUCGACCAAAGCAAGAAAAGAUUCAGCUAGCAACAACGUCCGUUUGAACCUCGCUGGGAACCCAGCAAUUGUUUACGAAACUGUCCGCAGUGAUCCGCACUUGAAGGCUAUAUCAGAAGGAAGAAGCAUCAAUCUCGCCCCGAAACAUAUCGUCUUUCCACUUCAUCUUAACGAGCACAUAGACUGUACCUUGGCCACCUUCGGCGUUGUCGACGACAGUAAAACAAAGAUGGAACUUGUCACCAGCACAGGCGACAUCGUUGUCUUGCGUUUCCCUCGUGCUAGUGAACAGCUCUGGAGAGAUCGCAAGUGGGUCAGGUACCUCAACAACUGGCGGGGUAUGAAUAUUAAGAGACGACUCAGUCCCAAUGGGGAAAAGGUUAUGGAUUAUGGCCGACCUCGAUGGUCAGUCACGGAGUUCAAUUCUUUUAAGAAGCUUGUUCUAGACAAAGUCGCCAGCUCAGGGCGUGACCUUGAUACAAAAGACUUCGAUAACUUCCUUGUCGCACGCACAACUAAUGGCAUGAAGAUGUUGUGGAGUCGACAGGCGGAGAGUCGCACAUGGGUUAAUGAAGCCUUAAGAUCUUUUGCUGAGAAACAGGCAAGAGAAACAGCUGCCACAGAGGCUUCGGGGUCUUCGACUAAAAGAAAAGCGACACCAAAGGUUUCCGCCAAAGUUUCUACCAAGAUCAAGAAGUCCGUAUCCAAAAAACGCGCAAGUGAGAAGCUUUCCCGAAAGGUUUCGAAGCUGUUGGCCAAGCCACGCAACUAA